UAUGAUGUUAAAGAGUGUACCAGUGAGAUUCCAGUUGGUAAGCCGUCUGAAGAAGGCGGCGGCGAUAUCGGAAAGGAUGCUGGAGGAGGUUCUAAAUCCGUAAUUAAGUCGAAACAUGGUUCGAGAUCGGGUCGCGGUAGUAACAGAAUAAGGAGCACUGUUCCACAGCCGUUUGCUUUAGCUACAGAGAAGCGUGCUUCCUCUGCAACACGUUCGUUUGCUGGUGAGUCUCAUGAAACUGCGGCUGUGUCGAAGGUAUUUCCUGAUGGGUACAGUAAAGUACAGAAUCAGGCAACAAAGGUACCUAGGAAACCAUUGCAGCCAAAAAACAAGAAGCUUUCUGAUGAGGAAGAUUCUUGCUCUGUUGCUUCUUAUGCCACUUCGGCUGCAAAGUCUGCUAAAUCGAGAACCAUUGUCACUGCGGCUCCUUCGUUUCGAUCCACUGAACGUGCAGAGAAGCGGAAGGAGUUCUAUACUAAACUAGAGGAGAAACAUCAAGCCAUGGAGGCCGAGAAAACGCAGAGCGAAGCAAGGAACAAGGAAGAAAACGAUGCAGCGUUAAGGCAAUUAAGAAAGAGUUUGAUGUUCAAAGCGAGCCCGAUGCCAAACUUCUAUCACGAAGGGCCUCCUUCAAAGGUUGAACUUAAGAAGCCUCCUCCAACACGAGCAAAGUCGCCAAAACUAGGACGGAGGAAUCCAAAAGAAGGGAACAGAUCAAAAGGAGCUUCGAGGUGGCAUGAAACUCGAAAGGCUCUUGUAGUGAUCUCUAAAGAAGACCGUGAUGAUGAUGAUGAGACCACAAAGAACUCUGACCAGGUAAACCGGUUUGUUACAGAGGAAGUAAACCGUAAUUUGGAACCGGAGACCGCUUUUGCCUGCUAA